AUGGAUCCCAAAGAGAUCCUAAAGAGAAUAGAAACCAUUGAGAAGAACAACAAGCCCUCAAAAGAAGUCAAAAAAUCCAUGUGGCAAAAAGUCAAGGACGAAGCAACGCAUUAUUGGCAUGGCAUGAAAUUAUUAGGCCUCGACAUUAAAAUUUCGUCUCGCUUAACCUAUAAAUUAUUAACAGGUUCAACAUUAACUCGACGCGAACAUAGACAGCUUCGUCGUACAACAGCAGACAUUGUUCGCCUAGUACCUCUUUCUGUAUUUUUGAUGGUUCCUUUUAUGGAGUUUCUUUUGCCUGUGGCAUUGAAAGUGUUUCCUAAUAUGCUACCGAGCACAUUUGAAAAUAAAAAAAUACAAGAAGAAAAGAAACUUAAAUUAGUCAAAGUAAGACUAGAAAUGGCAAAAUUCUUACAAGAAACUAUUGCCGAGUCUGGUCAAAAUGGUAGUUUGGUGGAUACGACACAUGGUCAAGAAUUUGUAGACUUUUUCAGAAAGAUGCGAACUACAGGCGAACAACCUUCUACUGAAGACUUGAUAAAGAUAGCCAGCAAAUUUGAAGACGAAUUGACUUUGGAUAAUUUGUCUCGGCCUCAACUAAUAUCCAUGUGUCGCUAUAUGAACAUCAAAGCUUUUGGUACGGAUAAUUUUCUAAGAUUUCAGAUUCAAAACCAUAUGCGACAAUUGAAAUUAGAUGAUCAGGCGAUUCAACAAGAAGGAAUUGAUCAUUUAACUACGACAGAAUUGCAUGCUGCAUGCGCUGCUCGUGGCAUACGAACCAUUGGCGCUUCAAACGAGCGUCUACGGGGAGAAUUGGCUCAAUGGCUUGAUCUCCAAUUGAAUCAUCAUGUUCCUUGGACCCUAUUGAUCCUGUCACGCGCAUUUUGUUUCACAGACGGUAUGACACACGAAGAAGCGCUUCGUGCAACAUUUAAUAGUUUGCCAGACAAUUUGGUAAAUGAAGCUGAAUUACAUAUGCUGGAGACAAUGGGUACCAGUACAUACAAGCAGAAAUUAGAUGUAUUAGAACAACAAGAAGAAAUGAUAGAAGAUGAGUCUGAGCAAGAAGAGAAAGAAAAGAAAGUACACGAAGCAUUGUCAGAAAAAAUGCCAAGUGAUGCAGAUCACAAAGGUUUGACUGAGGAGCAAAAAGACAAUUUUCAAAAGGCUUUGUCUAAAUUGCGUUCCAAGGUUGAUUUUCUUGGACAACGUGCCCAACUCAAUGAGAUUAAAUUCCACCAUAAAGACUAUAAACAGCUGGUGGAAGACAUUAGGGCAGCCACGAAUAAAGAGUCCAAUGUGUCAGCUUCUCGGUUAAGUAAACGCCUAGAGAAAAUGCUGAAUGCUCUUGAUAAAGAACUGGACUCGCUCGAGAAUGAAGACCAAGAAAAAGAGAAAAAAGAAGAAAAGAGAGCCCAGGCUCAAUAA